AUGAUUCGAUCCCGCAUCUCCGUUCCCUACACUGAUGGCGUACUCGGUAUGCAGAACAGGGAGGGUCGGUCGCCAUCGGAAGUGGCUGGUCCGACCUGCCAAGCUCCCCAGGAAAAGUUCCAAGGCCGCCGAUUGAAGCUGAUUGGCAGAAUAGGCAAUUGGAAAGUGUACGUCGGCGAAACCCCGCAGAAAUUAAACAAUGUUAGGGGUCCAGACGUUUAG